CUUCCCCCGGGAGGCGCCCCUGCCGCCGCCGCCGCCACCGCCGCCGCGAGGGCUGACGUCACAAGGCACCCAGCCGCCAGCGCCCCGCGGUGCGCGCCCCGCGCGGGGACCCGCCGCCCUCUCGGCGCCGACAGCUAGGCGCGCCGCGCGCGUGCCCGUCCCCGCCUGCGAGCGCGGCUGAAGAUGGCGAGCCCCGCGCCUCCGGAGCACGCCGCCGAGGGAUGCCCGGCUCCGGCGGUCGAGGAGCAGGCGCUGCGGCGGCCGCCGCCGCCCCCGGCUCCCCCAGAGGAGCAGGGGGAGGAAGCGCAGGAGGAAGGGGCGGUGGCGGCUGGCGCGGGGCGGCAGGUGGAGGGGGCCGCCGGCGGGGUGGCCGCCGCCGUGACCUGGCUGCUGGGGGAGCCCGUGCUGUGGUUGGGCUGCCGCGCGGACGAGCUCCUGAGCUGGAAGAGGCCGCUGCGCAGCCUGCUCGGCUUCGUCGCGGCCAACCUACUAUUCUGGUUCCUUGCACUGACUCCAUGGAGAGUGUAUCACCUGAUUUCUGUCAUGAUACUUGGGCGUGUUAUUAUGCAAAUAAUAAAGGAUAUGGUUUUAUCUAGAGCUAGAGGUGCACAGUUGUGGAGAAGCCUCAGUGAAAGCUGGGAAGUUAUCAAUUCCAAACCAGAUGAAAGACCCAGGUUCAGCCACUGUAUUGCAGAAUCAUGGAUGAAUUUCAGCAUAUUUCUUCAAGAAAUGUCUCUUUUUAAACAGCAGAGCCCUGGCAAGUUUUGUCUCCUGGUCUGCAGUGUGUGCACAUUUUUUACAGUCUUGGGAAGUUACAUUCCUGGAGUUAUACUCAGCUAUCUACUGUUGCUGUGUGCAUUUUUGUGUCCCCUAUUAAAGUGUAAUGAUAUUGGACAAAAACUAUACAGCAAAAUCAAGUCAGUUCUGCUGAAGCUAGAUUUUGGAAUUGGAGAAUAUAUUAAUCAGAAGAAACGUAAGAGAUCUGAAGCAGAUAAAGAAAAAAGUCACAAAGAUGACAGUGAAUUAGACCUUUCAGCUCUUUGUCCUAAGAUUAGCCUCACGGUUGCGGCCAAAGAGCUGUCUGUGUCUGACACGGACGUGUCCGAGGUCUCCUGGACUGACAAUGGGACCUUCAACCUGUCAGAAGGAUACACUCCACAGACAGACACUUCUGAUGAUCUUGACCGACCGAGCGAAGAAGUUUUCUCUCGAGACCUUUCCGAUUUUCCAUCGGUAGAAAACGGCACGGGAACAAAUGAUGAAGAUGAAUUCAGCCUUGGCUUGCCCACUGAGCAAAGGAGAAAAAAAGAGCAGUUGGACAGCGGUCUCAGAGCGAGCGGAGAGAGGCAGUCGGCAGCUGGUCUCACCCUUCCUUUGAGCAGUGACCAAACCUUUCACUUGAUGCGCAACCUGGCUGGGGACGCCAUCGCGGCCGCAGUGACAGCAGCCAUCAAAGAGCAGUUGGAGGGCGCGCAGCAAGCACUUUCUCAGGCUGCCCCCAGCCCAGGCGACGACACAGACCCUGAGGAAGGUGAUGACUUUGAACUACUUGACCAGUCAGAGCUUGAUCAAAUUGAGAGUGAAUUGGGACUUUCACAAGACCAAGAAGCAGAAGCACAGCAAAAUAAGAAGCCUUCGGGCUUCCUUUCAAAUCUACUCGGAGGCCCUUAGUCUGGGAAUCAACUUGUUCAACACAGCACAGAUGAAACUACCAAAAAAAUUCAAACAAGCAAAAAAAAAAAAAGAAGAAAAAAGAAAAGGAAAAAGAUUUUUUGAACUGUGAGCUUUACUGAUUACUUCAGAUUUUUUUUCUUAUUUUCCCUUCUGCAGUGAAUUAAUUGGAUAUAUAUCAGCUGAUACUGAUUUCCUAUAGUUAUUUUUAUGUAAUAAGCAUGGAAAUGAACUUUAUAUACAUAUAUAUACAAACUGUGUUGUCAGAGAUGAAUAUUAGAGGUUGUUUUUAAAGCAAAAACACCAAAUUAUUGGGAUCCUCCUAUAAGUAUUCCUUAUUUUUUUUCUUUACAAUUAAUUUUUCAAGCAUGCAAAAACAGUUUAUUGUAACUCACUGAUAUAGUAACAAUUAGUUGUGAAUACAAGGAGUAUCAACUCCUUUGUUACUGAUACUUGGAAACAGUUAAAAAAUUUUGGUAGAUUCUGAUUUAAAAAAAACAAAAAUUAUCAAGUUAUCUUUAGUUGAAGGACUUGGGAAAUAUUAUCAAAAUUAAUUUCCUAGGAAAAAUUUUAAAAAUAUAUUUAACUACUCUGGAUACGCUGAUACAUUUCCAUGUUACUUCUGCAGUUAUAGACUUAGGCUUACCUGUAGUAAAUGGCAUGCUCCAUGGACUGCCAGCUCUGGUCUUGGCAAUGGGUGAUAUUAACCCAUAGAAAGCGAGUAAUUAUAUAUCACAUAGACAGUGGUUUUGAUGUAAACAGAGACUGGGCUGUGUUUUGUUGUUCAAUUGUCAUAUAUUCGUAAUAGAGAUGUUGUAAAGUGCAGGUCUAUUCUGCCUGCUCAGACCUAAGUUAAACCCUCAUCUUUCAUGUUAUGUCAUAGAAAACGUCUCUUAGAGUUGUGAAGCUAGUUCCUGGUAUGUUCUAGGAGUGAUGCUGUCAUCAGCAUUAGAGAAACAGUGACUGUUUUCGUAGUCUGUAUGGAGUCUGCAACAGGAGAGAAAUUUGCUUGGCUUUAAGGUGUAUUUAUUUGCUCCUGAAGUCUAAAUAUGUCAUCUGUUUCUACUGGGAAGCCAGAAUAUAUUUCUCCUUUAUUUUAAACUUUUUAGAUCACCUUCAAAUAACCAAAUUUGACUUAGGCUUUUAACAAAGGGUUUAGCAGAAAUUAAGCUAAUUUUGUUUUUGUAAUACAAACUUUUAAUAGUGUUGAGGGACCAUGUCAGCCAACUACCAACAAUCCCUUCAAUCUUCAGGUACAGCUGGCAUUUCUACAGAUGCGUACAGACAUCUGAGACCCUCAGAAAGGAAGGAUAAUCCAAGAAUAUAGGGAAUCUGUGGUCCCUUCCCUUCAUUUUAUUCCUUUCCUUAUAUUUCUAAAAGACUAUAGGUAAUUUGAUGUUUUAACGUAGCAUCUCUUAUUUAUUUUUUCUUUCUGAGGUAUUAAAAUAUCUAGAUUGGAUUUUGCCAAAUGUUAAAGGGAGAAAAGUUAUCGAGGACUUUGAACACUUGCUUUUUGUGAGUUGACUAUGCUUAAUAUGUCGUUAGUGCCUCAUGACUGUGUUUGAUGUCCUUUAUUGAUACAAAGUGAGCCUGUGCCUUCAUUUUCUUGCCCAUUUUGGUACAAAAACCUGGUGUUAGAUCUAUGAACUGUGUGGGUUAGGGAGGAAUAUACCUGAAUUCUAUUCAAUACAAGUUUCUGGACAUAAAGAAAAAUACAGUCACAUAUUUAUAAAAUAGUUGUCACCAGGAUUCUUUUUUUUUUUUUU